AUGCUUGGAAAAGCUCGAGAGCUGACCAUCACGAAGCAACAACCCGUCCUUCGUGACGUCGGACGGGGGUCUCGCUCCAGCAGGAUGGCCUCAAGCGAUCGAUCGGAGAAGCGUUCUCACUCCAGAGCGUCAUCGAGGCCCAGCUCGUCUCUGAGUCUGGAUGUUAUGAACUCUACACGGCAUCAACCAUCGCUUUCGGCGUUCUACGCAUACGUUCAGAGUGAUUGUUCUCCCUCAGGCUCACUUGGUGGCUCGCAAUUAGAUAUGGGCGUUGUCACGGGAUCUCAGGCAUCCUACAGCGACUAUCACAUGGAAGAUGUACGUACGAGGCAACGCAAGUUGCGAUCAUCCUUAAGCCUGGAAAAGGUCGCAGCAUCUGAACCAUCGGAGGCUCUUGGCGCAAAGCCACUGGAGUGUUCCCCUCGACGUAGGUACUCAAGGUCUGCCUGGGGAGAAACGACUGACGUACCGCAGCAAGCGAUGUAUGCAAACAAACGUGCGUGCUUCACCAUCCGGGAAGCCGCUGCACAAAAUUCACCUUUCACUUCAACUGACCAAUCUCCCUUCUUUUUCUUGAUCCUCGGCAAUGCGCUAAAGUGUGUAUUUGUUUAUUUAGACCCUUCAUCUUAUCGCAGUCGGAUUGAGGCUUGGAUUUCGGACCUUCGGACGAGUCAAUUCGAGGACCCUGAACUUGUCGGCCCUUUUCCUCAGGUUGUCCUUCAAAGAUCUCGUUCUUUACUACUUUCAAUCAAUCAACGUGCGAGACCUGACUUCCGCGAGAAUUCGUUCCGCUCGAGGGUUGGGAAGCUCAACGAAUCCAAACGUCGAAGAAAAUCUCGCUCCGUUGGCUCUCGAAUCUCCAAUCAGCGCUAUACUCGAGAGAAGACGUCAACGACGUCGACUGAUCUUCCCGCCAUGGCACAGGACUCGGAGAGAUCGGGAGGCAAGGGUCGAGUUACGGUACCCUCGGCCAUGAAAGGGAGCUUCAUUCCAGUAUCGCCAAAGAAGCAUCGAUCGCCGUCGCCCCAGAAGCACAAGCCGAACAAGUCCGUUCAGAUCAAUCUGAAUUUAACUGAAAACCAGAUGGACAGAUUGACUGAUGUGUUCAACGCUGCAAGCGAGUCGCCAUCUCGCCGUGAACGAGUGGACAACUUUAGUCGGCCCCGGUCGCCGGAACGAGACAUCGACUUCACUGGCGCCCAACCUUUGCCUCGGGGUCAUGGAGUCCCUUACCACCAGAGGUCUCCCACAAACGCCAACAGCCACCAGAGACCCCUCGAGACAAGCCACGAAUGCGAUUCCACCACUUUCUCGGAGUUGAUGCCAAGCUCACCUCCCAAGGGCCACAAGGCCAAGGGCUCUCUGGCAUCGAGUCUCGCCGAGCGUCGCCAGCAACACGCACCCAAGCCUGUCAACGUCCAAGAUAGUCGUCAAUACGGGGCUAUCGUGGAGAAUGCCGGCGGUAUGCCGUCCGUCCGUCCGCCUAUGACCCCUGAUAAUCCUUCCCCUGGCAGCAGCGGCCAAGCAGACUCAUCUUCCAUAUACUCUCAGAUUGAAGGCCAUCCUAGCCCUCUCCGGAUCCACAGGGACGCCAUCCCACGACAUAUUAAGCACGUGUUGGAGUCGUACGGCGGCAGGAUGGAUUCAAAGGCCCCAGCGCUUAUUUCUGAUACGAGCGGCCGCGGAGGGAGUGCGCAAGGCCGUGGCCCACCCAAAAGUAGACUGGAAGCCCUCGAACAACCAGUCAUGGACGCAAGUCAGAUAUACUCUCCUCUCCGGCCCUACUUCGCCUAUAAGGACCUUCCCGUACAGAGAAUUGCGGGUAAAACCUUGAUUGGCGAGCAAGGAUGGCUCGAGCGACCUGAUAACAAUGCCGACCGCAAGAAAAAGGAUAGUUCUCCAAAGAAGCCCGGCCUUCUUGACUACCUCAAGAAGAUUGCCAAGGAAAUGACCGAGAGCAAAACCACCCGAAAACCCAGGGAUACGGAGAGGGGGGGGAAAGUCCAGAGAGUAACGAUCUCUCUCGAUCCCCGCGAACAGAGUCUUCUUUACUGCGAGCUCGAGUUCCAUAUCAGCAACGCACUGCAUGCCUACAUCACGAACGAAUUGAACCACGGCCGUCUCAAUCCGGACAAACUCAAGAAAAUUGCUGACGGAUGGACGCAGAAGGGCCGCCCAAGAGUGGUUGGGUUCCGUUACGACCUGGAAACACAACUCGAUCUUGUUCAUCUCCACAUUGACGAGUUUCGGUUCUUUGGCCGCCGUCAAGGCAAUGCACUGGAAAUCGCCGGUCUACUUCACGCGAUGAAAACAAACGCACGAUCGUUGCGCAUUCGUACUUACUGCCAGCCUGAUUCUGUUAUAGCCAAGCAACUCGUCGACUCGCAAUCUCUCUGCAACACCAUUGGAUGCUCAGAGGCUCAGCAAAUAGCCAUCGCCGAGAUAGCUCAAUUCUUCAAGGUCAUUGUGGAGAGGGAGCAGGCUUACCGAGCGAAGCUAGACCACGAAAACUCUGCGCCAACGCUGCCACACGGCCAGGGUGAUCGUCCAUGGGUCCCGUCCAGGGAACUGGUUGAGGGCGCGGACCCCUACGGUGGUCUUCACCUGAUACCCGACGGAUACGAUGUUGGCAGGGAAAAUCUUCGGUACAACAACUGA